AUGAGACACACCCAAGAGGCACUGGGAAGUCCUAUAAAUUUGAGAAGAAAGGAAGUUUAUGAGUGGGAAUUGGAUCAUUGGAAUUUAAGAGAGCUUAACAGACUUGAGAAUAUGUUAGUCCGCCGCAGGAUUGAGACGUGGGGCUGGGCACCGGACAGCCAACUGUCAUGUGUAAAAGCUCUUCAAGAGAGGAAACGAAACCGGGCUAUAGCUCUAGAUGAAGAAAGUCGGGUUAUGAAUGAACUAAUUCGUUCUCGUUUUCAUUCUGGAACCAGAGAACCUCGUUUUGAAGAGCGCCACAGCAUCUUUUUCAAGGGAGAAGAUCUUGAUUUGGAGCGGGAGGAUAUGGUCUUGAAGCAAUAUUUGAGCAUGGAGAGCCCCGUUCUAGAGCAGCGCCGUCUCUUUCUAGAGGGCCAAAGAAUCGGACCGAAGUGA